AUGCGUAAGUGUAAGGUAUUUGUUGGUAAUUCUCAUCCAGAGUUGGGCAAUCUCGUUUGUGAGAAGCUCGGAAUUAAGCCAGCUCCAUGUACUUUAAAAAAGUUCGCUAACGGUGAAACAUCUGUGCAAAUCGGGGUUUCUGUUAGAGACGAAGAUGUCUAUGUUAUACAAUCCGGUUCGCCUUUCAUUAAUGAUCAUAUAAUGGAGUUGUUGAUUUUGGUUUCAGCUUGCAGGGGUGGUUCAGCUAAGAAGAUUACUGCAGUUAUUCCACAGUUUCCAUACUCUAAACAAUGCAAGAUGAAGAGACAUAGGGGAGCUAUUACUGCCCGAAUGCUUGCUAACUUGCUGGUGAUGGCUGGAGCGGAUCAUAUUGUUUCUAUGGAUCUACACGCAUCGCAAAUGCAAGGCUUUUUUACAAAGCCAGUGGACAACUUAUAUGGUGGUCCAAGUUUGGCUAAAUGGAUUCGCGAGAAUAUUGAAGAUUAUCAGAACGUAGUUGUCGUUUGUAAGAACCCAGGUGGUACGAAAAGGGUAACCGCGUUAGCUGAUUUCUUGAAGAUCAACUUUGCUAUGAUACAUACUGAUAGACGGCGGUCUAAGGAUUUGUAUUCUCAAAAUAAGGAUAUGACUCAGCUAAGGUUACGCAAGCAGUCUAUGUUGAGAAAGAAUAGACCUAUUGUCAGACCAGGUGCUACUGAAAACGAGGAGGAGAACAUUAUACUUACGAAUGGUAUCCAGACGGCUAGAGUUGUCAACGGACAUGUCAUCGAUGAUGAUGUUGACGAUGCUUACAAAUCCGAGGCUAUAGAUUCGGAUCAUGAGGGAUCUAUUGGUAGCGAUUCACACCCUAUUGGUGGCUGUUAUGAAACUGCCGCUGAUUCUGAUGACGACGAAACUCCUGAGGAGUUACAGGAAGAAAAACUGAUUACUUUAGUUGGUAACGUUAACGGCCAUGCAGCUAUUAUUCUCGAUGAUUUAAUCGAUAGACCGGGGUCCUUUAUUGCUGCUGCAGAGCAUAUGUCGAAGAACUGUGGGGCUAAAAAGGUUUACGUUGUUGCUACACAUGGUAUUUUUACUGGUGACUGUUUGGAGCAACUGGAAGCAUCAGACUAUAUUCAUCAAAUUAUUGUGACCAACACUUAUCCAAUAAACAAAGAGCACAUGGAAAACUCUAAGAAGUUGGUAGUGAUUGAUGUUUCUAGUAUUUUUGCAGAGUGUAUCCGUCGUGAUCACUAUGGAGAGUCGAUAUCUGUAUUAUUUGACUCCUUGAGGACACUUUGA